AAAGCCGAGGAGCCUUUAACCUGAGUGACUGCUGUAGUUCUACGGACAGCAAUCACCAGAAGCCGUGCUAGGAAGCCUGGAAUAUUAUCUCUCACCUAAUAAAGAAAAAGGGGCAUUAGACAGUGACAUUGUGACACUGAGAGGUUUGCAAUAAUGUGGAUGCAGUUUGCAAAGCAGCAAGAGCUCAGCGCUUCAUCAGUGAGGUUUUAAUCAGAAUACAACUUGCGUGCUGGUUGGAUUUAUUGCUGAUCUGCAGACAUGGGAGAGAACUUGUUUUGUGACAGGAGGCUGUGCUAUGCUGGUGAUUUCACAUGGAACAGUAUGUCUGGGCGCAGCGUUCGACUGAAAUCAGUCCCUAUACAAAGCCUUUCUGAACUGGAGCGUGCACGACUGCAGGAAGUUGCAUUCUACCGUCUACAGCAAGACUAUGACUUAAGCUGCCAGAUAACUAUUCCCAAAGAUGGACAGAAGAGAAAAAAGUCUCUGAGGAAGAAACUGGACUCAUUAGGGAAGGAAAAAAACAAAGAUAAAGAAUUUUUACCCCAGGCAUUUGGAAUGCCAUUGUCACAAGUAAUUGCUAAUGACAGAGCGCACAAGUUAAAGCAAGACUCUCAAAAGGAAGAGCAGAAAGAAAUAACAGACUUUGUAGCCUCUAUUCUGCCAUUUGGAUUAAAGAGACAGAAUAAAGAACUCUCAAGUAGUAAUUCAUCUCUAAGCUCAACUUCAGAAACACCAAAUGAAUCCACAUCACCCAAUACACCCGAAGCAGCACCUCGAGCUCGCAGGAGGGGUGCAAUGUCUGUGGACUCUAUCACUGAUCUUGAUGACAAUCAGUCUCCUUUAGAAGCACUACAGCUGUCCUCUGCCUGCAGAGGACGUCAAACCAGAAAGAAAAAAGAAAGAGAUAAAAAGCUAAGUUUGAACCCAAUAUACAGACAAGUUCCCAGGCUUGUGGAUAGCUGCUGUCCUACACUUUAGAAAAACAUGGUUUGCUUUUCAGGUCUUCAGACAGUCGGGAUCUUCAGAGUGGGAAGUUCAAAAAAGAGAGUACGACAGUUACGUGAAGAGUUUGACCGUGGCAUUGACGUGGUUUUAGAUGAGGAGCACAGUGUUCAUGAUGUUGCAGCCUUAUUAAAAGAAUUUCUCAGAGAUAUGCCCGAUCCUCUUCUCACUAGAGAACUCUACACAGCCUUCAUUAACACUCUGUUGUUAGAUCCAGAUGAACAACUUUGCACAUUACAGCUUUUAAUUUAUCUGCUACCUCCUUGUAACUGUGAUACUCUACACAGACUAUUACAGUUCUUGUCUACUGUUGCCAGCCAUGCAGAUGAUACUUUUGACAAAGAUGGUCAAGAGGUUACUGGGAACAAAAUGACAUCAUUAAAUUUGGCUACAAUAUUUGGGCCUAAUUUAUUGCACAAGCAGAAGUCAUCUGACAAGGAGUUUACAGUUCAAAGUACUGCACGAGCUGAAGAAAGUACAAUAAUUAUUGCUAUUGUACAGAAAAUGAUUCAAAAAUUUGAAAGCCUUUUUAUGGUCCCUCCUGAUUUACAGAAUGAAGUUCUCAUUAGUCUUUUGGAGACUGACCCAGAUGUGGUGGACUAUUUACUAAGAAGAAAAGCAUCCCAAUCAUCGAGUCCAGAGCUUAUGAGAUCAGAGCGUUCUUUCUCUAUUGAAGGAAGGCACUCAUCCACAGACUCCAAUAAAGCAUCCAGUGGAGAUGUUUCUCCUUAUGAUAAUAAUUCUCCAGUCUUGUCUGAACGCUCUAUUGCCUCACGGCAAGAAGAUAAUGUUAUCUCAGAAAAAACUUACAGGCCACCUGAGCAUCAUACAAUGGUUGGUCAUUUGUUGUCCAAAACCAGGGACCCUUCUCCGACACAGUGGCCUACAAAAGAUGCUCCAGAAGAAAACUUAAAUAUAUGGGGCACGUGGCAUACAACUCUGAAAUCAGCAACUAAAGAUCAAGGAGUAACAGGGUCAUAUGGCGAUAUCCAUGAAAGCAGUAACAAAGUACAAUCACAGAAUGUGCUUUCUCAAAGUAAUUGGCCAACGUGCAAAAACUCAGUAACAGUGUUAGACAACGGAAAACCAAAUAUCCGAAGAACACAUACAUCUAAUGACAUCCCUGAAUCUCGUCCACACAUCCCAGUGGCACGUGCUUGCAGCACUCCUCAAAUAGACACAGGAAAGAAAAGCUUAGACCUCACACAGUUAAGAUCUGAGCAACAAAUGACCUCAAACACUACAGAUUUUACUGUGGAGGAUCCCACAUUAGCCUGCCAUUCAAAUAAACCAAAAGCUUUGAAUUUCCAGCAUGUGGAUGUCAGUGGACACAGUACUAGACUGCCUCCCCCCUACCCUGGUCCAUUAAAGCAAAGUGCAUCACAGACUCCUCGAACACCAGUAUUUUCACCAGAACAGUCUUUAUGGAAAUUGCCACGGUCUGAGUUGGUUGCUGGAGCACAACUGGGAGAGAUACCAUCUCCUGAUCAGUCUGUUCAAAAUAGACAGAUUUUACCAAAAACUACAGCUAGCAAUCAGAACAAUAAGCACUUGACUGAUCAUGUUUGGCAGGAGUGGCAAAGAGAAAGAUGGCAAAUUUGGGAACUUUUGUCCACAGACAAUCCAGAUACAUUACCUGAAACUCUAGUAUGAUACAGAAAAUCUGAAAUGGACCUAUACUGUGUAGAUGGAAGUGCUAUAGAAUCAACUUAUUAUAUUGUUGGAGGAUGUUACUUUUUUUCUAUAAUUUUAAAAAAUACUUUAAAAUUUAAUUUUAAAAAGCAAAAUGUGUCCAUUCCUCUGGACCAUUCUUUGGAAUGUAUUAAUUCACUGCCAACAACUAUUCCUUGUCUUGCUUGGUCAGUGAACCUUGCCAUAAAAUUGCGUUGGACCUUAUAAUUUGGAAUGUAUUAGCUAAAAAACAAAAUGGAUUAGUGGUUGCAUAGCUUUGUGGUAUGGUAUCUUUACUUAUCCAUUCCCUAUGAUUGUAUAUUUUAUAAUAUUGAAGUAUGGUUACCUUUUUACGUUGUGGGCACAUGCAGAAAACCAAAUGAACAUUUUGUGAUUGCUUUUAUAAUUCACUGCACUUGUUUUGUUGUGAUAAUCAUUUCAUUGUUGUAAAAUACGCACAAGCUGGUUUCUGUGCUUUGAAAUAAUUUUCUGUUGUAAAGAGAUGGAAAAUUCUCUUUCAUCCUGCUUUAAAAAGCCAUAUUUUGGGGUUACUAACAGAAUAGUAUUGUAUUCUCUGCAAUGUGUAUUGUUAUGUAUAAAAUGUACAUGCUAAUUAGAAUUGUGUAGAUAAAAAAAACACACACAUUGAACAGAUCCAAUCUCAAGGCAAGCCUACAAAAAACUGACAAACAUUUUAUUAACCCUUUUGGUGCUGAAUAAUCCUAUCUUUAAUGCAUAGAGGUCUCUUCAGCAAUGUAGUGGUUAAGCACAGUUAUUGUAUACACACAUAUAUAUAUAUAUAUAUAUAUAUAUAUAUAUAUAUAUAUAUACAAAUAUACAUAUACUGUAUAUAUAUAUUUAUCCUGUGUAAUUUCAAAUAUUGUUUUCCAACAAUAAACUGGAAUCACAGUAGUUUAGACAAGAUAUGUAGUUGAUGUUCACAUCAUCCCAAGGGAAUAUUACCUUUCCAUUUGCUUGGUAUGAAAUUACUUAUCAUUAAAAGGGGAAAUGGAUGGAUUACAAUAGUAAUGUAAUAAAAUAAGAAGACGAAUCACAACUAUUUGUUUCAAUUUUAUAAAUUAGAUGAGAACAGCUUUUCUUUUCACACAAGUAAUUUUUUUUACAUUGAUUCUAUACCAAUUAUCUUAUUGCUUUGAGAUAUCAAAGUGUGAUAUAUGAUUCUAAACUUUAACUUACUUUCUGCAGUGGGAUACAGAAGGUACUCGGUAAAGAGCAAAAAUGAUGGAGUUUCUCUGUAACGCAGAAACAUUGUCCGUUGCUGAUAUGAUAAAAAAAAAAAAAAGCAUCAAGGUGUGAAAACUUAGACACUGCAGAAACUUGUCAGCAAAUGUUUUAUAAUAAAAUGAGAAAAGCAGAUACCAAAUUCAGCUUAGUCUUUGUCCUCAUUAAUAUUUUACAGAUAAAUAUUAGAAUAUACCAAUUUCACUACAUUGCUAAUGUAAUCCAUCUGUUUUCACACUUUGGGCAUAUUGCUAAAAGGACACCACUGUUUGCAGACAUAUCUAACCCAAAUAAAGUUGGAAAUACAAAUAAAUAUUUUAGGAUUGUGCCAAAUAUUUCAGAAAGAUUGUGUAAUUGUAGUGUUUAGUGAUGGUCAUCUUCUCAGUUAAAAAGUUUGUCACCAAUAUAUGUUUAUGUAUAUCAGUAUUGUAAACUUGGAAAUGGGCUAUUUAAGAAAAAAAAUAGUAUUGAAGCUAUCAAGAAAGGAUAUAAAAUAAUAGUGUUUAUAUUAUAAAUUUAUAUUGUGCCAUUUCAGCUGAAUUACAAGAAAAGCAAAAUAUACAUGUUUCAUGACAUUGCUUAGAUUUGUAUAGGUACAUUCAUUAGAUAGUGUAGUUUUUGUCAUACAGCCUUGUUAACAUGCAGAGUACAUUCAUUCUGCACUAAAUGUUGAUACAUGUAAUAUAUUAGAUUGUUUUUUUUGUUGUUGUUUUUGUCUAUGUAAAUAAAUAUUUCAUUGCAGAUAUAA